CUUUGUCUCGAACAGGAGAGAGGAAAUGACGAAUCUCUGGGCUACUCUCUGACUCUCUUCCUCUGAUCGAUUGCAGCUGCCUGGGGUUCCACGCCAUGAACAGCACCCCAAGGGAUGCCCAGGCCCCAAGCUACCGCGAGUGCCUCCUGCCUUCUGUGGCCCGGACCCCCUCUGUCACCCAGAUCACGCCAGCCAAGAAGAUAACUUUCCUCAAGCGAGGGGAUCCUCGGUUUUCCGGGGUUCACCUAGCUGUGCAUCAACGCACCUUCAAGAGCUUGGGCACGCUGAUGGAUGAGCUCUCCCAGCGCGUGCCCCUCUCCUUUGGGGUGCGCUCCGUCACCACGCCCCGAGGCCUGCAUGGCCUCAGCGCCCUGGAGCAGCUGGAGGAUGGUGGUUGCUACCUCUGCUCUGAUAGGAAGCCGCCCAAGGCCUCCAGUGGGCCAGGCCGGCCAUGGGAGAGAAGUCCCUCUGCUCAGCAGUCCCAGGAUGUCAAAGACCAGUGCGAGGGGCCAGGAACAUCCUCUUCCCAGAGAAAUCCCAAAACCCCAAGGAGGAUAAUGUUGGUUAAGAAUGGAGACCCUCGAUUCCAGCAGACAGUGGUCCUCAGUCACAGAGACACCAGGAGCCUGUCGGCCUUUCUCAGCAGAGCCACAGGCCUUCUGCACUUCCCCGUGAAGCAGGUGUACACGCCCAGUGGGGAAAAGGUGGGUUCUCUGAAGGCUCUGCUGCGCAGCCCCUCGGUGCUGGUGUGUGCCGGCCAUGAGCCCUUCAGACCUCCGGAAGCUGCCAAAAGAAGUGGGACUGGAACUUCAUCGGGGCAGACGUCAAGGAACAAACAUGGGAGCUGGGGCCCCAAGGCCAAGCCAAGCAUGACCCACUCGAGGUCCAGGCCGGGAAGCAGGCCACAGCGGUCUUCCUUGCUGUUGGAGGGGGCUGGUCUCGGCGACCCCCUGGUGUCCCCGCAUCACACCAGGGUGGGCCCUGCUCCCGACGGGCACCCUCAGGACAUGCCUGCCCAGCUGGGUCCGUUGGUGGCCCGUGAUGGCAUGGAGAAGAAGGUGCACUUGAACGAGGAUGGCAGCCUGUCUGUGGAGAUGAAAGUCCGCUUCCACCUACUUGGCAAUGACAUGCUCCUGUGGGCCCGGAGGGCCGGGAGGGCCAGUGGGCCGGGCCCUGUCCCCAGGGAGGCAGACCCCCUCCACUGUGUGUGGGAGGGCCACCCUGGGGGCUCCUCGGAGCCUGGAACAGAGGGGCUGGGGACCCGAGAGGCAGGAUGCACAGAAGCCUGUGAGCAAAGCCAGUGGCAGCCAGGGUCUGGAUAUGAGAUCUGGACAAACCCCCUGUACACUGCCCAGAGAGAGGGGACGGCCUCCUGGGGGAGGUCCCGGCUGGCCCAGCACUCCCCCUGCAGGGGCCCCUGGAGCCGAGGGGUGGCCGGCAGGAAAAGAAGCAGCCAGGACAGCAGCAGCCCUGCCUCCAGUGACAGAGCCCCCGAAGGCUCUGAGCCAAACUCCUGCUGCUCCAGGUCCCCAGAGGGCAGCAUGGGCAGCUGUGCACUGCACCUGGCCUCCGGGGCUGCCUCCCAGAGAGGAUCAGGGUGGGAAGCUGGUGGCACACCCCAGGCUGCUGAGGGCCUGGGUCCAGAGGGAGCAGGGCCGGGAAGCAGGGGCCACCGCUGCCUGGAACCCAGAGCCCAAGGCGCAGCAGGUGCUUUUUCUGACGCCUCAGCGAGUGCCGGGGCUCAGGAGGAGUCCAGUGAAAGGGGUGAGCGGCACCAGGGCCACGCCAGCCGGACCAGGCUGGUGACUUCCCCAUGGAAGGCCACCCCCGGGGCAGGACCCUGUUCCUCUACUGCGAAUCCCUCGUCUUUGAGGAACGAGGACCCCCGGGCGGAGGGGAGUGAACAGGACACUGGACCCCCGCAGCCCAGGGGUGGGUCUGGGAGGAGACUGCCCCUGGCUUCCAGCCGUGAGGGCUCUGGGGACACUGCAGAAGGCUGUUCCCCAGCCUCCACCUGCGCCUCAGCCACAGGCAGGAGAAGAGAGCAGGAGAGCAGAGCCAGUGCCGUGUCCUCACCCAGCAUUUCUGGCCUUGGCCGAGGGGCCCAGGGAGGCCGCCCCAGGCAGCUCCACAGCCGGAGGCACACCCACUGCCCGCUCAACUCACUUGUGUUCAGGCCAAUGCUGGGCCCCCCCAGCACAGGCAGGCUCUGCCCAGCCCACCCAGCACCACGCUUUUCUGGAAGCUCCUCUAGCGCCAGGAACCCGGCCUCCCGGGACCCAGGGCCACCCUCCUUGGCCUCCCCUAACUCCCAGGACACACGAGAGGUCAGCAGUGUCCCCGUUACUCCUGUGAGCAGUUCGGACUGUGCUUCCAAUUUCUACCCCCCAUUCUCUCCCUCUGCCGAGACCGAGUUCAGGUCACACUCACUCUCCACCACAUCCGACCCUCUCAGCUCCCCAGGAGGUGGCCUGGGAGGAAAGACAGGGGGCGGCCCCAGGGCUUCCUGGCCCUUGAGCCUGGCAGUUGGACCGUAUGAGGGGGGCAAGCCAGGAGCCCACCGAGGGGGCUGCGGCUCACAGAUGGGCACACCCCGGGCCUGCAGGGCCCCUGGUGGUGAGACGCAGGCCUUGCUGGUCCCCCAGCCUCAGGGCAGCCAGGGGCCCCUCUCUGAGCCCUGCUUGGUGUGCAGCGGAUACUGUCCCACUCCGCCCAGGGCAAGGCCCCCUGUCAGGAAACACCCUUCGUCCAGCAGCAACAGAGACCACAGUGCUCACUGGGCGCCAGGGGCCGCCGAGGAAGGGGAGGAACCACUAGAUGUGCAGCGCCCAGGUCCCCCCAGAUCUCAGUCAGGGGGCAGGGGGACAGCAGUCAGAGCAGUGAGAAGGGGCAGCCCCAGCCCAGGUCCCCAGCCUGGGAGAAGGUUCCAGGCGCAGGUCGCCGGUGGAGGGGAAGGCCUGGAAGAACAAGAGGACAGUGGUCGCGUGACGCCGGGUGCUCUGCCCCGGGCCUCGCCAGAAGCCGUGGUCCGUGGAUGGCUGAGCAACAUCCCGGAGGAGCCCGUGCCCCUGAGCUAUGAGAUGGUAGAUGACAGCAUGGAGGUGGCUGGGGACGGCCUGGAAGGCCCCACGGAGGACCCUGCUGACACACAUCCCCCAGAAGGCCUGGAGCAGCCCAUUCAGGCCAGACGACCGUCCCUGGAAGGGGCCGCCAGCGAGAAGGCAGACCCAGAGGGAGCCCUCCCGGUGACUGGUGACGCUGGUCCCCAGCCAGGAGAGGGUCCUCCUCCCAGCAGGGCUGCAGAGGCCCCCGAGGAGGCUGGAGCAGGUGAAGGGGCCGCAGGGGACUGUGGUGGGGGCCAGUGUGUGCUUCCCCGCAGGGUCUCUGUCUCCAUUCAGAUCAUGAAGGCGCUGAUGGGCUCCAAGCAGGGCCGGCCCAGCAGCCUGCCCGAAGUGUCCGGCCCGGAGGGCAGGAGGCUCGGCCGCUCGGCCCGGGCCCUCAUCACCUGCCUCGCCAGGCUCCACUUCUUCAAUGAAGACCAUGGGUCUUCCACCGGCAAGGCGAGGUGCACAGACUCCUCUCGGUACCAGGGGCUCUUGAGCACCUUGCAGGCCUCGUGGCCCGGGUGUGGCCUCGGCUGUUCCACCAGUCCAGCACCCACUACCACAGAUCUUAUAAAAUGCAACAUCAAUCGCGAGCCAGACUCGGGCCCCUGGGGGUGUGGCCGGAGCCAGGCUCUGUCGGGCCUCAGGCCCCACGCUGUGACUGAGGCCUUCACGCCAACGUCCUCAUCCGGCGUGGAUGUCGGGAGCGGUUCUGGAGGUUCGGGGGAGGGCAGUGGACCCUGUGCCGUGGACUGUGCCCUGGUCUCUGAAAGGGGAGAGCUGCCCUCGGAAAUCCCCUACCAGAGGCCUGACUCCAGAACCACAGAGAACCCAGAAGAACCGGGAAAUCAUGAGUCGAUUGGUUCCAUGGCCUCUUCAAGUUCCCAAGCGUGGGCUGGUGCCACCAGGAGGGACGAGGCAGGAGGAAGCUGCGGGGAGCAGGCGCGGGGCAGGGACCUGGACCAAGUAGUUGAAAACAGGAUGCAAGGAGAGGUGGUGCAGUUAGAGAAAACGCAAGAAGAAAAAGAAAGAGCAGAACUGCACGGAGAGGGUGUCCGUGGAUUUCCAGAAGAGGAAAGAACCACAGGACAAGACUCAACAGGGGCUGGCUCUCAGGAUGGGGCAGGUGCCCGGGAAGAUGAGAACGUGCGGGAAGAGGAAGCAGGAGAGCCUCCCUCCGCCGCACUGCACCCCGCAGGGAGGAGAGAGAAGACCCUUGGCGGCCUCACUGAGAGAGACUCAAAGGCCAGUGGGAGUCAAAGCAGCCCCAAUGCUGAGCCUGGUUUGGAGACGUUGCCCAGAACAACUGACUCAGACCCUGAGCAAACCCAGGCCAAGUCCACCCAGGGGGCUGCAGAGCAGGGCACUUUUGUGGCUCACAGAGUGUCUCCGGACCCUGACCCCCUCUGGGUGUCCAGGCUGCUGAGGAAGAUGGAGAAGGCCUUCUUGGCCCACCUGGCCAGCGCCAUGGCUGAGCUCCGAGCCCGCUGGAGCCUGCAGAACAACGACCUGCUGGACCUGAUGGUGGCUGAGCUGCAGCAGGACGUGAGCCAGCGGCUCCAAGGCAGCACCGCAAAGGAGCUCCGAAAGAUCCAGAGCCGGGCGGGGAGGAAGGCCCCGAGGCCUCCCAGGGUAGCCCUCAGGUGGGAGACGUCCCUGCAGACAGAGCAGCGCAGGAGUCGCCUCCAGGGCCUGCGCAACCUCUUGGCCUUCUCUGCGCAGACCCGGGCCCCAGGCACCCCCUCCCUCUCCUUGGACGAUGUGCCAAACCUCAGUGGAGCCCUGGGGACCCGGCUGGGUGGGGAGGCCGGCGGGGAGGAGUUCUGUCCCUGCGAAACCUGUGUAAGGAAGACAGUGACUCCCGUGUCCCCGAAGGACAUGAUGGUCAUAGCCAGGGCACCCAUUAAAAAGGCCUUUGACCUGCAGCUAAUUCUGCAGAAGAAAAAAGUAGGAUGUGCUAAUGGGGAGAUAGGAGGGAUGGCCCCUGAGAAGACAGGUAUGGAGGUGCUUCAGAGAGACCCCUCAGGGACAGGGACUGCCCAGGGAGCUGAUGGAGGCCUGGAGCUGGGGUUAGGCCGGGGCCCUGGGACACAGGAGGGGGAUGAGGAUGUGGGCAGAGGUGAAGGUGCAGGAGGAGGAGAAGAGGAGGAGGCCACUCAGAAGAGAGGAGGGAACACAGACCCCUGUGGAGGCCACCCCUCGGAGGCAGUGGGGUGGGAGGAACAGGGCGCAGGUGACCAGGGAGUGAUCAGAAAGGGGGGCUCCGGGGCGGAGCUCAGUGUGCAGAACGAAGCCUGGGGAGGCGCUGACCCAAGUCCAGGAAGACAGAAUGACACCAGAGGGGUCCGGGAUGUGGAAGGAGAGGGCCAGCCCGAGUCGGGAAGAGGAAAUCUAGGCGAGAAGGAAGGGAGUCCACAGGCUGGCCCCAGGCAGGGCCAGUCAGGUGAGGCUUCUGGACAUAGCAGUCCAGACCAAGAUGGGGGGCCCACACCACCCUCUGCCUCAGGUGGAGAAACCCCAGGCCACAGGUCAGGCCGGAAAACAGGCCUCUCCUCAUCCAGAACAUCAUCUCUGGGAAACUGCUCUCAGCUCUCCCAGAAGGGCUCUGAGGAGGGGUCUUCAAAUGGAGACAUGAGCACGUUUGGAGAUGAGCCCAAGGGAGUCCUGGGCUCUGAGAGAAACGGCACAGGUGUGUCUCCGGAAAGCUCCACUUCUGCACGAGAAGGGCCCUCCUCGGGCUCUGGUACUCCAGAGCGAGGGACAGAUGAGGGUCUGACUCCAGAGCCCAGAGCAGUCCAAGGCUCUGACUUAGGAGCUGAGACGAGAGUUAAAAGUUUCCCUGGGACAGAAAUUAGGUUUGGCAACCUCACCAUGGACGGGGCCCAUGGCUUUGGCCACGACGACUUAGAUUUCUAGAUAUCCAGCGGUGAGGUGCCCAUGAGUCGGCAGCUCUGCUUUUAUUCGUGUAUUGACUACAAACCUGAGCAUGGCUCAGCCCCCUGGAGAUGUACAAAGAGCAUGGGGGAAAGAUCAAGGACGUACCAAGGGCACAGCCGCACCAUGCUGUCCUGGGUUCUAAAUUCUGGAGCUUCAGUGGGCCUGCUGACCCUCCCAGGCACUGUGUGAAGGUUAUCUCAGCUCCGCCCUGU